AAUUUUCUUCCUAAUAAACAAAUUGAGAAGGUUUGAGUCCUAUCAGGAAAUAAAUUCUGUAAAAAGCAAAAGCCCAAUAUAAAGCAAAGAUAACCCUAGGAAACGUGCGAUUGACGCCGUCCAUAUUUGCCCCUAAAAUUACCGUUAAAAAUAAAAAUAGCUUCGACGUAUUUUGGAAAUGACGGCAAACCCAAAACUGCUGCUGCUUGCAGGGACCGUCUCCCUGCUCUGCUUCUCUGCAGUGGUGAGAGGCCAAGAACGACGCAACACCCUCCUGCAGCCCAUGGUUGAGUCCCCAACCCACCAGAAGCUUGCCAACGAAGAGCGGCGACCGGUCGUCAUGCGGCCGUUGCUGCAACCAACGAGCGGCGAAAACAACCACGGAAAAUCCCAAGACGAAUCUAACUUGUCCCAGAACAAGGGAACGUCAAACAGGAGGAAUAGUAACCAGGAAGCGACGAAAACAGGUUCUGGUUUGUUCGGAAUGGUGCGAACCACGACACCAACGCCAAGUCCCGAACGCCCCACAGUCAAUAUCAAGUCGGGACUCUUGAAGCCGGCUUCUCCUGACUCUCCUGACGCAUCUUCUCGACGUCCAAUCGUAAAGCGACCAACGCGACGACCUGCCCUUGCCCAAGUACAACCACGACCUACGCAGCAACCUGCCAAGCUUCUAGUCCAACCUACCGGCAAAUCGUCCACCGUCCAAACCACGAGACGCGCGUCCACGCUGCUGUCCUCCAGUAGGAGGCGACCACAGUCGAGUUCGACUACCUCUGCCCCCAAGCUCGAGAACUACCGCAGUUUAGCCUGUGAACUGCAAGGAGCGAAAGGAUUGAUGCUGGUUUUCUCUGCAGCGUUCUUGUACUUAUUUAAAUUGUUUUAAGAUCAUUCUAAGCGUUUCAGUCACUUUUGCUUCCAUUUAUCAACCAAAGAAAUGAACUGAGAACUAGAAAUUCAAGUUGGCAAUCAAACGAUUUCUCGUUAAGAUGAACAACGUAAAAAAACUUCCGUCGAUCUCCUAAGCGAUUUGUCAUUAAAAAAACAUUUUCCAGUUUUAUGAAACACACAGUGUGGGAUGCAUGUUUUAAAAAUUUAGUCUUCCUAAUGAAUUAAUGAAAUAGCUGCAGCUGAGUUAUUUUACAAUAAGUCAAGUUCCAAUCUUCUAGCUCUCCUCUCGCCUCCACUUUCAUGUAAUAACUUCUGAAAUUAUAGCAAAUUCGUUACCGAGACAGAUAAUAUUAGAUUUACAAAAACGACAUGUAUCGAAAUUGUUAUUAAGACGACGUAGAGAUGAAGCAGGUUUUCAGGGCUCGAAAUGCCAUUGUUUAUGAAUGUAGCAACAUUCAUUAUACUUUUCUCUUGUUGACUGAAAGUCAUCGUAAAGUAAUCCCGCGCUUUCAUAGAUUUUGUUCUGCUCAUUAUAAUUAUUGAUAUUUUUAAUUGAAUUUCACCGUGUUCACUAUGCAAAUGUAUAAUAAUAAUAAUAUAAGGAAGAUUGUCGCAUUGUAUCCUACCUAUGAAACGUUCUACCUAGCCUCAGAGAUGAGAACAAAUUCGACUAAUGCAGAUGUGAAAUAAUUGCUUUGUGGGUAUGAAAGCUUGAAAUAACCGGCAGUGUCGAGGAUGAAACUUUUAAUAACCAUUGAACUUUCUUCACUGCAUGAAUGCUAGAAAAAUUCACCAUUGAUCAUCAGAAAAUGUUGAGAUAUGUCCUAAUUCAUUCGUAACUCCAAUAGCUUUCGAACUGACGAUGGAGCUGGACGAGAAAUGUUUUAUAAGG